AUGGCGACGACGCGGGAAGCGCAGGCCAUGGCGGUCGCGGAAGACGACGACAGCAUGCAGGGACUUCCUUGGGUCCUCUACCACGACAGCGCGUCCAACAUGCCCUGCUACGUAAACUCGGUGACGCAGGACGUCCUUUGGGGCCUUCCCCUCGAGAGCGAGACGCAUACCAUCUACCGCGUCGCGCGGGCCGUCUCUCGAGACCACCCACGCCGUCGACGGGCCAUGUCCUUGCCCGACCUGCGCCGGAGCAUCACGCACCACACGUACGGGCGCAUCGACCUGUCCCUGCAGCUCGUCCAGGCGACCAAGACCAAAGACAAGAAGGUCCGUAUCGAUCCGAAGGCGCCGGCGCUCCAGGAGAAGGCCCGUGCCUACCUCACCGUCGCUCACCUCCACUGCGAGUACAUGACGCGCUUCUACCACGAGAACGGGACCAACUACUCGAACGAAAAGUACCGACACCUCCACGCCUUCCGCCUUCCUCCGUACGGCAGUAGCUCGACACUGCAGGAGAUGGAACCGAGCUCGCUCCACCAGUCGAUCGUCUCGAGUGCCCAUUACCGAUCGUUUGUCGGCAAGGUUGAGGAUGAUACGGCGACUGCUCCAAGUGCCGGACCACGCACUGCAAUCGAAGGUGAAAAACGGUCUCCGGAAGACCCAAAGAUCGUCGAGGCGCCUCGGCAUCGCCAAAAGAAACGACUCAGCGCCAAGGCCAAGCGUGCCCUGUACCGCACCCACCGGCUCGACAACGAUGUCGUCGGUGCUUCGCGUGACGUCGACAAGAACCAAGCGCUCGUCAGCUGCAUGGCCGCGCUUCCUGCGUAGUCCCUCGCUUCGUGCGCUCCUGAAGACAACAAUAUUGCGACUAACUUGGAU